AUGAAUCAGAUGAUCGAAGCGCUUUAUUCGUCGUCAAUUCUCGCGAAGCCGAAAACGUCCAGUGAACCAGCUGAUAGCAGUUCGGAGUCGACAACGGGCCACGAUUACACACCGAAUGCAGCUCCCUACGAGAUGUCAUACUAUUCACCAGCAUACUCCUUUCCUACUGCAGCAUCGCCGCAUAUAAUCUACGUAUCCCCCUCACCACCCUCUAUAGCAUACGCCCCUCCUCCACCUUACACCGCGCCGUCCCUCCCGCCAACCGUCCCUGCUCAUUACCCACCAGAACCGGUUCCGCCUCCAGAGUACGCGUACCCUCAAACAGUUCGAUACUCCUGGGCGCCUCCACACGCGUACGAGCAUCCGUAUCCCCAACCACCACAGGCACCGCCUGUACACUUUUCCCCGCCCCCGUCCGUAACAUAUACACCCCAGUAUCAAUCUCCCCCACGACCGUACGAAUACAAAUACACAUAUCCCACGGAGUAUCCCCCCGCACCAGUUCCCAGUACACCUAAAUCUCCCGUGCCAUCGCAACCGCAUUAUGUCCCAGUACAAGAGUACCCGCCACCGCCGCCCCCUACACCUUCUUACUACGUUCCACCUCCACCAUAUGCAAGAUACGUC